UUUAUUUCGGCCGUCUAUAAAAAAAUACGUCACCCAACAAACACACAGUCGCAGUGCAAGUAUAAUUUAUAAACACUAAACUCGGAAUUUCCAACCAGUUUGAUGAAACUGGCUUCUCCGUCUUACACAGUUUGGUGUUUUAAUGGCGUGUCCUGUACAACAAACAGUGGAGCUGAAUCCAGGCCUGCUACCUCUAGACUGGCUUCUGGGCACCUGGGAGUCAGAUGAGCCUGGAGAGGGCUGCUUCCCCACCAUAAAACCUUUCCACUACACAGAGACACUGAACUUCAGCCACGUUGGACAACCAGUCAUCAACUUCAUGUUUAGUGCCUUCAAUGCAGAGACCAAGAAGCCUCUGCACAGGGAGAGUGGCUUCAUUCGGAUGCAGCCAGGAACCAACAGAGUGGCGUUCAUCAUAGCACAGAACUCAGGUGUGGUGGAGAUUGAGGAAGGUGAGCUGACAGGGCAGCAGCUGAACCUGCAGAGCCAGGCUGUGGCCAGAAUCUCUUUUGCCAGGGAGCCACAUGUACAGCAGAUUUCUCGAGUGUUUCAGCUGCGACCAGAUGGGAAGCUGGAGCAGACAGUUUCCAUGGCGACUGACAACCAGCCACUGAUGCAGCAUUUGCACAUAACCUACCGCCGGUCAUCUUGAGUCAUCAUGCUGAAGGGUUUCUUUUAAAUAGAAAUGCCUAGGGCCAAAGAAGAAAAAUAUCACUAAAACACUACGAUCACAGCGGAGUCAGAUAAUGAUCUGCUUCAAUGCAAAGAUAUGCACUGUAAGAAAUCCUGUCAUGGUGUGUGAUUAGUCUGUUAAAUUCACAAAAGUCAAUCAGCUUCAAAAAUAACCACAAGGCAUAUCUUACAAUAAACUCCAUACAGUUAUUACUAGGUUUUUGUUCAGGCUUGUCAGGAGGACAGAAGAAUAAAUGUUACAGUUCCCUCCAAAAGUUAAAGGGGCCCUGUGGACCGUCUUGGUAAACAAACUAGUGAGUGCAUUUCUGUCAUCAUAAAAUCACUUCAAAGCCCCCCUUUUUUUUUUUAAAUGCUGUUUUGUUUACGUUCAUCUUUACCUACCUGCACUCUUCUGCUUUUUGUCUUUGCAGCAUAUUCAGUUAAUAUCAGCAGGCGGAGAUUGUUGGCAAUCUUUAGCAGGACUAUGUAGGGCAUCACUUGUUGCUCUUGCUCAAUUAAGAACAAUAUUGGAAAUAUACUACAUCUUCUACAUCUUAAUAUGUAGAAAAAAAUUAAGAACAAUAUUGGAAAUAUAUUAUAUCUUCUACAUCUUAAUAUGUAGAAAAAUCAGGUCCAUAACACUUUUAGAUAACUUAAACUCCGCAGGGAACAUUUAAUCAAAACAUAUACAAAUAUUUAAAGAUUACACAUUCAUUAAACUGUUAUACUAAAUAACCCUCGGCUUAGUAAACUUUAUGUGCUCCUUACAUUUGUUGUUCAGAUAUUUAAUUGUGGAGAUGUACAGCUUUGAAAGCACUGAUAAAUUAAUGCUGAGUUCAGUGUGCUAUUGUCUUUAGCUUUCAUUGCACUAAUUCAAUAAAACUGAAAGCUAAAGUAACUGCUGUAUCCUCCUGAUGAGGGAGAGGAAAUGUUACACUGGAUGUUGUGGUUGUGUUUGUAAUUAAAGGAGGUAAAAACAAACUUUUGGGAUUCUUUCAUAGGUAUCAGGUAGUUCACUUCAUGUCUCUAAGUCUGAAGGCUCAUGGAUGUUGUCAUUAAUGAGCUACAUUAAAAUAAUAAAAUGUUAUUUUGAUUAUG